GUUAAACAUGCUUUUCUUUGAUUAUUUGUCAUUACUUUUUUGAUUUUGUAAAAAAAUUAGCUGAAAUAUGAAAGUGUUGUACCAAGCUAUUAUACUUCUCGGUUUGUUUAAGCUACUGACCUCAAACAAAUUAAGAACAAUAAAUAACACAAUGUGUGUAGACUGUUCCAAAGACCCCAAGGUUGAAUGUAUAAUUGAAGAUACAGGAUUUGAAUGUUUUAAGGAACACGUGCCGAAGAAACCCAAGGGUGUCCCUUUAAGGACGAAGCCUGCACGUACCAAAAAUUUGGAUGUAUGCAUUCCAAAGGAUUUGACGAUUCCUUGCAUUAAUGAUAAACUUUUUCUGAAAGUCAUCGUAUGGUCCCCUCAACUUGGAUGUCAAAUAGUACAGAGAGGGAAUAAAAAUAGGGAUACGUGUUUCGUUGCCAGUCUAAUCUGUCCGUGUGUUAGGAGUCAAAAAGGAUCCGGAGAAGUACAGUCCACCUAUAGUUUACUACUUAUUAUAACUUUGUACUUAGUGCAACUUAAGAUAACUAAAACAAAUUAAUCGACAAUACAUUUUUGGGUGAAUAAAAUUCAAGUCUCGACAUUU